AUGAGACAUUGUCUUGUCAAACAACAAAUGAUGCCUAUAUCGAAACCUAUAACAUCAAACAUUAGCAAUAGCAGCAAUGCAUUCUACCCUCCAUUUAAUCUAAUGCAACAACAACUUUUGCAACAACAACAACAACAACAACAAUUACUUCAACAACAACAUGCUCAACAACAACAACAACAACAACAACAACAACAACAACAACAACAACAAAAUAAUAAUAACAAUAACAAUCGAACUGUUUCAGAGUAUAUAACAGGAUGGGGAAUAGGAUUACCCAACUCAAAUCAUCUAGUUGGAAGAGCCUUUAAGUUGUGUCAUCCCCUCUUUAUCAAAUUUUUGGAAGGUCUAGUAGUCGAAGAGAGAUCCAACAACAACAAUCACAGCAACAAACAAGAAAAGAUUGAACUCAAAAAGAAAAUGAUACAGUUUCAAGAGAAUGCCAGACAAAAACAAAUGUACUAUGAAAAACAGCCUUCUUUGCAACUCGGACAAUGGGACAUUGGCAUGUUUUGCGCCUUUUUCCUAAAGACUCAGGGUGCUGUGCAACAGGCAUUUGGCAACAGUGACAGUAGUAGCUGUGUCAGAGCCUGUCUAUUGGAAAUACAAAGAGUGUACAUUAUUUGGGAACAAGAACAACAACAACAACAACAACAACAAAAUGGCUCUUCUUCAUCCUCUUCACUAUCCACUUCAAAUGGUAUGCUUGGAUUGUUGGGAUUGUUGAAUGGUGGUGGUGAACAUCAACACCAACAUCAACAAGAGGUUACAUCAUCAAUUAAUAUUGAUGUUUGUAUUGGGAUUUUGGGAUCGAUGGACAACUUGUUGUGUGAACUCGGUUGUGUCAAAGAGGCCAAAGAGCUACGAGUCAUCAAACAUACCCACUAUCUAACUGUAUUUAAAAAUUUUGGUACUGGUGUAUUCUUUAAUGACCAUGUAUCGGCUCAGGAUAUCUUGACACACACCUAUCACAACAUUGAUAGUUUAUUCCAAGUCAACUCGCAACAACAAAAACAUCAACAUCAACAACCACAACAGACAAUACUACAACAACAACAAACACCACUAUCACCAUCACCAUAUGGUUCAACCAAUCUAUUUAUAAAUUCACAAGAUUUAUUUCAAUCUCAAUUAUUACUACAACAACAACAACAACAACAACAACAACAACAACAACAACAACAACAACAACAACAACAACAACAACAACAACAACUUCAAUUACUCAACAAAUUAAAAUUAAAUACACAACCCGAGGAUUUAUAUUUUGGUAAUGCCACUGAAAAUGAAAAUGGUUUUGGUAAUAUCCAUACCCAUCAUUUGGUUCCAGACACCUCGUUAAUGUCAACAUGGAACAAUUCAAUGGACAAUAGUUUUUUUAAUAAUAUUUUAAAUCAUCCAAUAACAAAUAAUAAUAAUCAUAAUAAUAAUAUAAAUUAUAGUAUAUUAAAUAAUCAUCAACUAAUUAAUAAUAAUAAUGGAAAUAAUAAUAAUAGUAGUAAUAGUUUUAUUGAAAAUAAUAAUAGUAUUUUACUACAUCUCAACAAUAAUGUUGUUGAAAUUGAAAAAAAUACUCUAUUUAAUAAUAAUGAUAAAAUAAUUGAAAAUCAUCAUCAUCAACAAGAACAAGAUAAAGAUGAAAUAGAACAACUACAAGAUGAAGAUGAACAAGAAGAAGAAGAAGAAGAAGAACAAGAAGAGAAUCUUUUAGAAGAGAGAAAUAUUAUUGUUGGAGAAGAUUCUUCAGAUCAAGAACAACAAUUAGAGCAAGAAGAAGAACAACAACAACAAAUAAUUGAAGAUCUUGAUCAAAAUAAUAAUGUUAAUCAAAACAGUAUAUGGAAUGGUGGAUUGGCUGGUCUAAUUCAAAAACAAUUAAAACAAGAAAAUCAUCAAAUUCAAACUCCAACUACAAAUAUUCAAAAAAUAAUAACAAAGAUAAUUUCAUUAGAACAAUAUGAAUAUGAAUAUUUAGAAACUAGAAGAAAAAUUAUUCCACAAUUCUUGGUUAAAUAUCCCAAUCUUAGAAUAGAGGUUCAAACACCAUCAAAGUUGAGUGUAGAGGUGACAGGACCAUCGAAUGCAGUGUUGGAUUUUGAGUCGACUGUUGACAGGGAACUCGAAUUCUUUACAACUUGCAAGGUCGACUUUUCUUCAGACAAUACCUUUCCCUACAAGGUUAUGUCAUUAUUGACCAAGAUCCAAGCCACCGUUGACACACUUCCAAGCGAGGUUGGCAUGUAUCGUCCAAUGAGAAAGGAAGACAACUCCAAGUAUGACAUCAACAAGACCAUUCUCUAUGGUGUCGAAUCCAAGGUCUAUGACGUUGUCGAUGAACUCGAAGACUAUAUGAACAGCUUGCAUCACGAUGGGUACAGUCCAAGAAACGUUAAACAAUUAUUGGCCUUUCUCGAAAAGGAUGACCUUGAAAUCCAGAGUCAAAGUCAAAGAGACAGGUCCUCAAAACAGUCUUUCAUGCCAACAUUUCCAAAGACUCCACUCGAUUCUGUCAUCAAUGUAACCACUGAAAGAUCAGAAGAUAUUCAAUACAUUAGAGAUGAAUUACAAAAUGUCCUAAGAGAACCAGAUUGGACUUAUAAAGUAUUUGAAAAUUUAAAUGAUUCUCUUGAUGGUGCUCUUGAAUCUAAAUGGAAAUCAUUGUGUAAAAGUAGUAAUGUUAGAUUUUAUGUAAAUAUUAAUAAUUCAAUUAUUUUAAUUGGAUCUUCUAGUCCAGUUAAAGCUAUUCAAUCAAUUAUCCAAAAAGAUAUUUCAACAAAUUAA